AUGGGUGGCCCGCCUGGCGUGAGUUCAAUCGGCAUCUGACGGAUCCCACAAUGGGAAUGAGCUGACGCGCGAUGACAACAGUCGCAGGUUGCACCUCUGCCCAGCAAUCUGCCCUUCCGCGUGGUGUCCAAGACCAUUGGAUCCGGCGCAUACGCCUCGUAAGCCUGAGCUAAUACGAGCACAGCCGUGUCAACAUGCUGACCAUCCCGACAGGAUUCGAAAAGCGAUACCGCACAACAAGCCAGGCCCGGUGAUCGCGGUGAAAUUCAUCAACAAGGAACACGCUUUCAGCGCGGGACGACUACGACCGAAGCAGCUGCAGAUCGAGCUGGGAAUCCACGCCUCGGUAUGUCCGCACGACAACAUCAUCAAGUACCUCUCGCAUGGAGAAGAUGCGUCGUGGGUCUGGAUGGCCCUGGAGCUGGCGGAAGGCGGCGACCUGUUUGACAAGAUCGAGGCCGACGAGGGCGUGGGCGAAGACGUGGCACACUUCUACUUCAAGCAGCUUGUGAGCGCGAUCGACUGGUGUCAUGGCAAGGGCGUUGCACAUCGGGAUAUCAAGCCUGAGAACAUGCUACUGAGCGGAGAGGGAAACUUGAAGCUGGCGGACUUUGGCCUCGCGACACAAUACGUCUCCCCACGGACAGGCGAGAAGAAGAUUUGCGGGAUGGUCUGCGGCAGUCCGCCGUACAUUGCCCCCGAAAUCAUCGCGGUGGGACAUGAGAAUCAGAAGCGCAAGAAAGCUGGCGAUGACAAGGUUGGCUACGACCCGCUGAUCGCGGACGUGUGGUCUUGCGCCAUCGUGCUAUUCGUGCUGCUUGUCGGCAACACGCCAUGGGAUGCACCCGUCAUAGCAGAGAGCUACGAAUAUCACGACUACGUGACCUCCAAGGGCCGACCCAGCGACGAGCUUUGGACGAACAUCCCCUCCACGGCACUCAGCUUGGUACGAGGCAUGCUGAAUAUCGACUCUGCCGAGCGGAUGUCCCUGGACAGUGUCCGCAAACAUCCGUGGUUUACGCGACAGAAUCGACACAUCAACGAGAAGGGUAGGGUGAAGGAUCCGACGGCACUCGCAACGCAGAUGCUUGAGAGCCUACACAUCGAUUUCGCGCGCGCUUCCCAGUCGUCACAGUCGCAGCGCCAGCGGAAGCCGGCGUCUCAGCCGGAGUUGAUGGAUAUCGACAGCGGCAAGCACAAGUCGUCAGACGAAAAGACCCCGAGCGCGACACAACCGCAGACUCCGAUGGGAGAUGUUCUCUUCGAUUGGGAAGCACCGCCACGUCUCGGAGCUGGGAACGGCAUCGCCUCCUCCCAGCCUCAGACCAAGAACGAUAUUGUGAACACCUCGGUCUCCAUCCACCACUCCCUCUCAGCCGCACAGAUCGAAAAAGAAGCACGCCAAAUACAUGGCCUCUUCGCCGAAGAUCCGUCCAUGUCCCAAUUCUCGGCGACUCCCUCUGUGCCUCUAACCCUUACCCAACAAGCGCGCAACUUCAAGGACAUCGUGCCCUCGCACAGUCUUGCUCGCUUCAUCUCCAUCCUCCCGUUCUCCAUGUUGCUACCGAAGCUCUUGGGCGCACUGCACCACCUCAGCAUCCCCGUCGCGACCCCUUCCACUGCCGCCUUCGAAGGCAAGGAGCAAUGCGUCACCAUCCGCAUCAAAGCACCGGACAACCGUCGACAACCCAUGUCAGGACACAUCAUGGUCGAAAGCGUGGCCGUGCCGGGACAACACAAUCUGGAGGUCCUGGAAGUGCGCUUCAUGAAAGCCAAAGGCGAUCCCCUCAGCUGGAGGAGAUUUUUCAAGGAAAUCGCGGCGCAUUGUCAGGAGGGUAUGAUCAAGGAGGGUUGA